AUGCUGAGAGAACAUCAAUUUGUCACGGGCUUGAGGAGCACGGAAAUUAAAUCACGAUUGCUAUUUGAUGCGAAAUUAACCUACAAACGGGCGGUGGAGCUAGCUCUAAAUUUGGAAGCCACGGAGAAGCACGUGGAGCGUGUGAGCGGCCGCGUCAGCUUGAGCGGUGCUGCGCGCUCCGGGGACCUAGGCGACAGCGUGGCGGCGGCGGCGACAGCGGUCAGCGCGGUCGCGGGCGGCGAGCCGCUGCAUGCGCUGCGCGGCGGGCCGGCCGCGGCGGCGCGUUCGGCUGCGGCACAGCAGCCGUGUUGGAGAUGUGGUAAACCACAUCGUGCAGAUAAGUGUCGUUUUAAGCAUUACACUUGUGGCCAAUGUAAUUUAAAAGGGCAUUUAAAAAUAAUGUGUAAGGCGUCUAAUAGUAGAACGGCGGGAACGCGACACAAUUUUGUGGAGGAGGAUUCCGACUGUGAAAUAUACAAUAUUCGUGCGGUUUCUAGCGGAGAUAAGCCUUAUUUUGUAGACGUUAAGAUAGGUGAUGUAAUGUUAAAAUGUGAGCUCGACACUGGAAGUAAAAUUUCGGCAAUUAAUGAAAAUUGUUACAAGCAUUUGUUUUCUAACUAUAAGAUUCUGAAGGAUUCGAUUAAAUUAUGUUCGUAUUCUGGGUCGCGUAUAGAACCGAUUGGAUAUAUUGUAGUAAACGCUUCGAUUGAUAAUAAUUUUCAAGAUAAUUUACAAUUGUAUGUAAUCAAGAAUGGCAGUCGUCCUUUGUUAGGUAGAAAUUGGAUUCAAAGAUUUAAUAUAAACGAAUUGUAUGUUAAUAACAUGUCAUUUGAUGUUAAGGAGCAGCGCAAUCGUUUCAUCGAAGAUUUAAAAAAUAAUUAUCCUAACGUCUUUACGGAUAAGUUAGGUGAAUGUAAAAAACAAUUUCGUUUGCAAUUGACUGAUAACAAACCGGUUUACUUACGCGCACGGCCGGUACCGCUCGCAUUGCGCGCCGCGGUGGAGAGAGAAAUAAACCGUUUAGAAAAAGAGGGAUCGAUUUAUCAAGUUGAACAUUCCGAUUAUGGUACACCUAUAGUACCUAUUAUUAAACCAUCCGGGGAGAUCCGCAUAUGCGGCGAUUACAAAUCUACAAUAAAUCCUAAAUUAAAAAUUGAUCAAUAUCCGCUUCCUCGGAUAGAGGAAUUGUUUGCAGCCCUCAGUGGCGGACAGGAGUUUUCAAAAAUAGAUCUGACAACCGCGUAUAUGCAAGUGCCUCUCCACCCCGACUCGCAGGCUUGCACGGCCAUCACCACACAUGUUGGUACUUAUGUAUUUAAGCGUACUCCCUAUGGCUUAAAUUGUAUUCCACAAAUGUUUCAAAAAAUUAUGGAGGAGACCCUUAGGGGCUUACCGAAUACUGUAGUAUUCCUAGAUGAUAUUUGUGUUACUGGGAAAGAUAGGGAGACGCAUAAGAAAAAUCUGAGAGCGGUAAUAGAAAGAUUGGCAAAUAUGGGCCUUACUGUUAAAUUGAAUAAAUGUAUUUUUUUGCAAAAGAGUGUGUCUUACUUAGGUUUUAUUAUUGAUAAACACGGUUUACAUCCGGACAUGGCCAAGGUGGAUGCCAUCGUGAAGGCUCCGGAACCGACGAACGUGACUCAAUUAAAGGCAUUUUUAGGGUUAGUUAAUUAUUAUGGCAAAUUCGUUCCUAAUUUAAGUACAUUACUCCAUCCGUUGUAUGCUCUGUUAAAGAAAAAUCAGUCAUGGUGUUGGAAUACAAAUUGUGAAAUCGCCUUCAGGAAAAUAAAAAAUAUUUUAGCUAGCGACCAAGUGUUGUGUCACUACGAGGCGACGCUCCCGCUCGUGUUGUCCGUGGACAGCAGCGCGUACGGUGUAGGCGCGGUACUCGCGCACAGCUUUCCCGACGGCUCUGAGCGUCCCAUUAGCUGCGCCUCCAGGACGCUCUCCGACGCCGAAAAGAACUAUAGUCAAUUAGAUAAAGAGGCACUCGCUAUUAUGUACGGAGUGCAAAAACAUCAUCAAUAUUUAUUUGGCAGGAAGUUCACGUUAAAAACGGAUCAUAAACCGUUGGUGUAUAUUUUUGGACCUAAAGGCUGUAUUCCCCAGACUGCGGCGAGUCGGCUACAACGUUGGGCCGCGAAAUUAGCCGCGUACGAUUUUAAUAUUGAUUUUGUAAAAUCAAAGUGCAACGGCAACGCUGACGCGUUGUCGCGCUUGCCGCUAGAGGGAGACGGCAGCGACGGCGCACCGAGUGCGCCGGAUAAACAUUAUUUAAUGUACGUCGAUGAAACUUUACCGGUUAAUUUUAAAGAAAUAGCAUUAGCAACAACUAAAGAUAAUUUGUUAAGUAGGAUUUUUGGAUAUAUUAUGUUCGGAUGGCCGGAAAAAUGUGCAGAUGAUGAAAAGGCUUUUUAUGUUAGGCGCUCAGAUUUAUAUAUUGAUCAUGGUUGUAUUUUGUAUAAAUAUCGUCUGGUGAUUCCGCAAAUAUUACAGAAACGCGUGUUGUUAGAAAUUCACGACGGUCAUUUAGGCAUUGUAAAAAUGAAGUCCAUCGCUAGGAAUUAUGUCUAUUGGCCGGCACUCGAUAAAGACAUCGAAUUGAUCGGGAACAAGUGCGAGGCGUGUCGCAGCGUACGCGACGCCCCCCCGCGCGCCACACUGCAUCCCUGGGAGUUUCCCGCAGCGCCCUGGCAGCGACUGCACGCUGACUUUGCUCAGUUGCACGGCAAGUAUUAUAUCAUCGUAGUGGAUGCUCAUAGGACGCAAAUCAGUGUUAACACGCACGGCCCCCAGUGGACCACCCGGCUGGUCACGUUGCGCGUCGCUUUGAUUUACGCGGCCGUUCGUCAGAACGCCCGCCGCUAA